UGCUGGCUGUGCUGAGCAGUGACAGCCUUCACACUUCAAGGGAAGUCUGCUUCGUUAGUCGAUACACUUACAUCAGAGCAGCUUUGAUCUGUCGAGACAGGUUUUCAUUCAGCUGGGGUUGUUUUACAUAGGAAUACACUGAUUGCCACAGUUUUGGCUGAGUCGCUGUGUGGUCGGUCUGUAUUUUCUCGCGGCAAAGCGUAACAUGAAAUGGACAUAACUAGGAGAAAUGUGUUUUUUCAAUGUGCUGUUGUUCUUAUUUUGCCUUCAUUUUGAGUGUGUGUCAGGCCAAACAACUUCUCCUCAAAAUGUCUGGACUGACAGUGAUGGCUGCAAAGAUGGGAAAGAAACACACUGCUCUGAAUUUGUGUGUCCGCCAUCAGCUCCCUUUGCCUUCGCCAUUGGAGCCCAGAACAUCACCUUGUCCUGGGAGCCUCUUAACCAAUCCGAUGUGGUGUACAUACCACAGUGGACAGGCCCCAGCCUAUCAGGAGUCUGGACAUACAAAGAGAAUACAACAGCACCACACUUCACAGUGGAGAAGCUGCAGCCCUACUCGUGGUAUAAGUUCAGAAUUUGGGUGAUGGUUUGUCAGCAGCACAUCUCCUCUCCUGAAAGCCCCUUGUAUCAGACAGAACCAUAUGGAGCCCCAACCAGCCCCCCAGUGAUUGAGAGUGUUGAGAGUGUGUCAGGCGAGAGUGUGGAGCUGAGCUGGUCUGCUCCGGGGCACACUGGAGGGCCUGUAGUCGGCUACAACAUCGACCUUACCAGCCAUGAGGGUACUCUCAGCCUGACAACAGGAGGAGACGUCUUUACCGCCACUGCUUUCCCUACCACUCCAAACACAACAUACAGGGUGUCCAUAGCUGCGGUGAACAGGGAGGGCCAGGGUCCACCUGCACAGACCAUAGUCACAACUCCAGAGAAAGAGGAGCAGAGUGGCACUCGUUGGAUCAUAGCAUCCAGCAUGAAGUCCCUCAGGAGGAAGAAGGCCGAUGACUUUUACUUACCAGCAGACUGCCUUUUUGAUGGGCUCAUAGAGUCUAAUAUCACAGGUGUGUCCAACCUUCAGGCCUCUGGGCAGGUGUAUUUCUCCGAGGGGUUAAACAUUUGGGCGACAGCUGCAGGUGACCCCUCUGACCUGAGACUUCUGUACACCUCCACCCAACAGAUCACUGGCACGUCUGUGGACUGGCUCUAUAAGAAACUCUACUUCAUUUCUGGUGGGAAGGUGUAUCGCUGCAGUGAGGACUGUUCAGAUCCCGUACAAUUACAGCUUUCCACUCCGGGCCCUCCGACCAGAAUCAUAGCAGAUCCAUAUAGCGGGUGGCUCUUCUUGUUGUUGCAUGAUGGGAUAUAUCGCACUGUGUUGCCAGGGGAACACAAUCAGAACAUAAGCCUGGUAGUCAACGGCAGCUCAGUUCAUGACUUUGUGGUCAGUGUCAGAAACAUGAAGCUGGUGUACUUCUUGAAGGAGAGCCGGGCCCUUUCCGCUGUGUCGUUGGACGGCUCGUCUCCCAUCGACCUGCGCUCGGACAUCACCGUUGUAGACGUUGUGCAGAGUCUGGCGUACGAGGACAACCAAGUCGUGCUCACUGAUGGAGUAAAACUCUACCAGGAGGAGCGUCUUGAUGACAUAGUCAGCUUUAACGAGUACCUGAUGGACUGUAGCUUCAGUCACCCUACCCCUGGGGGCUUUGACCACCUCCUCUACAGCAGCCCAUCCUCACAGCCCUAUCCAGUACCCCGGAGGCCUCGGGACGUCACCGCACACUUCGGCUCUGGGAGGGUCUGCUUGAAGUGGAGGGAACCAGAACUAAGAAUGGGAGCAAGCUCAUCAGCUUGGCAGAACUGGACUUAUACCGUCACAGCAUCCAUGAACGGUUCUGUUGUCAGGACCUACAGUGAUAUCAACACUAGGCAGGUGAUGGUGACCGAUCUGCAGAGCUCCCAGCGCUACACGCUAGCGGUAAGGGCCGAGUCACCUGGAGGCCAAUCUGCCGCGGUUCUGUUUGAGGGAACCACACUACAGAACGAGACCAAUAUUCCAUACAUAGUUGCAGCGAGCAACAACGGCCUUUGGAAACAAGAACUGGAUGGCUACGACUUCACAGAAUUGCUGGCUUACAACAUCACAACAGUGAGAGAUAUGGACUGGUAUAAUGGCACGAUCUACUGGACAGACAGCAGUGGACACAUCAGCUACGUGGAGCUGAAGGAUGGCAAGUCUGGUCUGAACGCCACUGUGGUGCCAGGAGUGAUGAAUGCCGAAGCCGUGGCGUUUGACUGGCUGGGCAGACAGCUGUACUGGAACUGUAAUUCCACUCAGAUCUGCCGAGGAAGUCCAACCUCUGUAGCGCAGGAAGUGGUGGUGCAGGGCCGGCGUGACAUCACCGGUCUGCUGGUGGACCCGCUGCAGGCCUUCGUGUACUGGAGCACAGCUCUCUCUGUGGAGGGCGCCAGGCUCAAUGGAGAGGGCUGCCUCGUCAUACAAGAGCUGAACGUGCUCUCUGGGAGACAGGUGGCUGGAAUAACCCUUGACAUGGCUGAAGGCGCUCUCUUCUGGCUCGUGCAGGAUGGACUAAUUUUGCACCUGUACAGGACAAAUUUGCUCAAAGACGGGUUAGGUCAUCCCAGUAUCACGGUGACAGAGAGAUGGAGUGUCUCUGUGGUGUGUUGCUCUGAGCUGGUCUUCUACAGCAACCGUCUGCUGUGGCUGGACGGGGACCAGAGACUCCGGCUGCAGGAGGUGGACCAGGCAGAGAGCGUGCUGAUGUCACCUGACCACACACUGACCAGCUUCACCCUGAUACAGAGCACGCUCAAACCCCUGCCAGAUGGAUUUCUGCUCCCUCCUGUUGUGAUACCUCAUGCGAUUCCAGAAACAUCUGUCUAUCUGGUGGGGAACUCCACUGUAUUCAGAGUCACAUGGGAGCCUAGUAGCCCUGUCAACUAUGGCUCUGUGUUUUACUGCGUUGAAUCUGAAGUUUUACAGUUUCAAGUAACAGACCAGAAUGAACAGAACAGUAUUGAAGGUUUCUGUCCCCCGUCAAACACACUAACUGAGCCAGUUUUGGAGGUGAGGCACUUCCCUCCAAAUACCCUAUUCAGUCUGGCUAUAACCCCUUACACUUACUGGGGAAAAGGAGACACCACCUAUCAAGUCCUCCGCUCACCUGAUGCAGGGCGAUCUACAAACACAGAUGCAGUUAUAAUCACAUUUGGCGUGUUGACGGGUGUCCUUCUGGCUAUGAUAAUCACUGCCGCUUUCAUUUGGCGCAGGCGAAGAACUAAAAAAGAGAGCGCCCUGCCCAGCAUCCAGAUGGAACCUGACGAGGAACUGGAGGAAAUAAGGGGUCUGGUUGGAUUAGCGAACGGCUGCUAUGCAGUCAGAACCCUUCCCAUUCACAGUGAGAUAAGCACACUUCCUGUGUUUCCCAGAGACCAGUUAAAGUUGCAAAGACUUCUGGGUAGUGGUGCUUUCGGGGAGGUCUUUGAAGGCAUUGCGACAGGGAUCUCUUCCGUGGACCUGAAGUCAGACACAAGGGUAGCUGUCAAGACCCUGAAGAAGGGAGCCACAGAUGAUGAGAAAACAGAUUUUUUGAAAGAGGCACAUCUGAUGAGUCAGUUCACCCAUCCUAACAUCCUGAGUCUACUGGGUGUGUGUCUGCUGAAUGAGCCUCAGUAUAUCAUCUUAGAGCUCAUGGAGGGGGGGGACUUGCGCUCCUACCUCAUGGUAGCGCGCCCAGCACCUGACCAUGGGCCUCUGCUUAAUCUGUGUGAUCUGCUAGACAUCUUCUUGGAUGUCGCUAAGGGAUGUGCUUACUUAGAGAAAAUGCACUUUGUACACAGAGAUCUCGCUGCACGGAACUGUUUGGUGUCUGUCAAAGACUACACAGACCCCAAGCGUGUUGUUAAGAUAGGAGACUUUGGCUUGUCCCGUGACAUCUACAAGAACGACUACUACAAGAAGAGAGGGGAGGGGCUGCUGCCUAUUCGCUGGAUGUCUCCUGAGAGUCUAACAGAUGGCAUCUUCAGUAGGCACUCAGAUGUAUGGGCUUUUGGGGUGCUCCUGUGGGAAGUUGUCACAUUGGGCAAACUGCCCUAUCCUGCCUUCACCAACCUCGAGGUUCUGCAUCACAUCAACUCAGGGGGGAGACUUCUGGCUCCAACAGACUGCCCUCAGACCCUAUACAACUUAAUGCUGGCAUGUUGGUCAAACACUCCAUGGGAGAGGCCAAGCUUUCGCCGCCUGGAGGAACAAAUCAGUCAGCUGAGACAGAAGGGGGAACAACUUAGGGAGGAACAACAAACGUCAAGAGGAAUGGUGAAUUAUGGUUUCCAGGAUGAUGAGGAGUGCAGUGUUGUGGACGAGGACGAGAGCACAGGAGGCGGCCUUACCCACGUGCUCAGCGAGGAGGGACUUAACUACUUGAUGUUCAGUGCUGACGACAAAGACCCUGAGCCGGCACAAUCGCCUACUGAAGAGACACUUAACCAUCCACUGUCCAAUUCCAGUGAUGAAGAGGCCAUGACCACACCACAAGGCCCAACAGAAAGCAACAGGGAAGUGGGAAUAAACUACCUGGUGCUCAGUGCCAAAGACUUGAUGGAAAACAGGAACCAGCCCCAUUCAAUUGAACCCAGUAAUGGGGAAGGGCCAUAUCUCAUGGCUGACAACGGUGGCACAGAGAAAGCCAUAGAACAUUCAUGUUUAGUAUCACCCAGUAAUGAACAAGGACCAAACUACCUGAUGUUCAGGGCUACAGAAACCCAAGCCACAGAUGAAAAGCCAUACUUGACAAAAGCUAAGGCAGAGCCUAAGGCCACGGAUGAUUGACUAUGUGGCUACAAACUACUUAUUCAAAGCAUAGAAUAUAUAUGCUUAUCAACAUUAAAUAUCACAUGUCUGGGGAAUACACAAAUAAAAUACUUUCAAUU